CCCACAAAGAAUCCUUAUUUUGAUCCUUCCUUGAUUGCCAAGACUGCCCCAGUUUCACGUAGAGCACGGUCGCUAAAGUUUGUUAGACCUGGAAAAUACAUCCAACAAGCCAACCAGGAGAGAGCAAAAGCACAAUUGGAAAAAUUGAAACAAGAGAUUUCUGAGAAUGUCAAAAAGGCAGGCAUGGAAGUUGAAUUGGAUAUUUCCGAUAAAGCCAUCAAGAAAGAGCCUCCACCAGCUAUUGAGUGGUGGGAUGCUCCCUUUAUGCCCAACAAAACAUACAGUGAUCUAGAUACUCAGCCUGUGAAUCCAGAUUCCCUUGGUGCAUUGGUUACUCUCUAUGUUCAUCAUCCUAUCCCCAUUAAACCACCAAGUGAACUCACGGGCCCAGCUGUCAGUCGUUCUCUGAUGCUCACUAAGAAAGAGCGCAAGAAGUUGCGAAGACAGCAGCGCCAGGAAACACAGAAAGAGAAGCAAGAUAAGAUUCGUCUCGGCUUACUUCCUCCUGAUCCACCAAAGGUCAAGAUUAGCAAUUUGAUGAGAGUACUCGGUGAUGAGGCAAUACAGGAUCCCACAAAGAUUGAAGCUAAGGUGCGCAAGGAGAUGGAGUUGAGACAGAAACAGCACGAAACAGCCAAUGAGCAACGUAAAUUGACACCUGCCGAAAGACGAGCAAAGAUUGCCAACAAGCUCAAGAAUGAUCAAAAGAUAAGUAAUGAGGUUGCUGUAUUCAAAGUGAAAAAAUGUUCACAUCCUAAACUUCGCUACAAAAUCGAAUUGAAUGCACAACAAAAUCAAUUAUCCGGUAUGGUGAUUGUACAUCCAAAGUGUAACCUUGUGAUUGUUGAAGGAGGACCCAAGGGUAUCAAGGCAUACAAAAAGUUGAUGCUUCGUCGAAUUGAUUGGAACGAUAUGCCACCACCAAAGAAUGGACCACUGGAGGCAAUGGAUGUUGAUGAGACUGAGGAGAAUGCAUGUUAUUUGGUGUGGGAGGGACAGGUAAAAAAUAAGGCAUUCAAAAAGUUCACUUGGCGUUCGUUUGAGAGUGAAAAGAUGGCUCGUGAAGAACUAUCUAAAUGGCAUGUAGAACACUACUGGGAUGCUGCA